CCCCAGAAGGCCGUUCGCCGGAGGCUACUGGGGUGCACCGCUGCUCGGGUUCCCUGGGUUGCGCCUGCGCAGCAGUGGCAAGUCGAAUAUCCAUGGAAACUACAGGUUCCGCAAGGCAGCGCGGCGCAACCCGAGUCGGAAGUAUUUGCGGCUGCGCAGCGCGGGCGGGGCCUCUAGGGCGGAGCGGCCACCAUCUUGGAACGGGAGGCGGAGCAGAGCCGACUGGGAGCGACCGAGCGGGCCACCGCUGCCGCCAUGAACCCCGAAUAUGACUACCUGUUUAAGCUGCUUUUGAUUGGUGACUCGGGCGUGGGCAAGUCAUGCCUGCUUCUGCGGUUUGCUGAUGACACGUACACAGAGAGCUACAUCAGCACCAUUGGGGUGGACUUCAAGAUUCGAACCAUUGAACUGGAUGGCAAAACCAUCAAACUACAGAUUUGGGACACAGCUGGUCAGGAACGGUUCAGGACCAUCACUUCCAGCUACUAUCGGGGUGCUCAUGGCAUCAUUGUGGUGUAUGACGUCACUGACCAGAUUCAGGAAGCAUUGGAAGGCUUCAGACAGCACAAGAGGGAGCCCAGUAUAAGAAGAAAUUCUGAAAUCCUGUAUCUGCUGUGGUGGCUUCAGUCAUGUGUCACUGGCAGCAGCCAAAAAUUGUCCUGACAGUGUCUUACAUCUUAUAAACACUGUAGCCUUUAGAUUUCCUUCGUUAGUUACCUCAUAAAAUGUGAGUUUUGCUCUGUUACCAGCCUAUCCCAAAUUCCUCCACUGAAAUGAUCCUUUUCUGUCUUAGCCUCCCUAGUAGCUGAGGUAGUGGGGAGCCACCAAUGUGCCUGGCUUCUAAUUGGUGAUGAUGGUGGUGGUGGUUUUGGUUAUUCUGAGACAGGGUUUCUCUCUGUAUCCCUGGAUGUCCUGGAACUUAAUCCGAAUAGACCAAGCUGGCCUCAAACUCCUAGGGAUCCCCCUGCCUCUGCCUCCCAAGAGCAGGAAUUAAAGGGGUGAGCCUCCACUGCCCAGCCCUGUGAGUGUCUUGUGAUGCUCAUAAGAAGUACCUCAUUCUCUCAUCUUAAAGAUGAAGAUCUGGGGGUUGGGGAUUUAGCUCAGUGGUAGAGCGCUUGCUUAGGAAGCGCAAGGCCCUGGGUUCGGUCCCCAGCUCCAAAAAAAAGAACCAAAAAAAAAAAAAAAAAAAAAAGAUGAAGAUCUGGUUCAGGCUGCUGCAGUAGCUUGCUAAGGGCCUUCCAUCUAAGAGCCUAGUCCUGAUCCAUCUGCUUUGCUUUUUCUAUCAAACCUUGUUGCUUCCAGUCCCCAGGGAUAUAGAAAUACAAUUAGUCCCAGGCUGGAAGAGCCCAGAGACUUUGAUACCCCUGCCUCCACUUCUUUUUUUUUUUUUUUUUUUUUUUUGUUCUUUUUUUCGGAGCUGGGGACCGAACCCAGGGCCUUGUGCUUCCUAGGUAAGCGCUCUACCACUGAGCUAAAUCCCCAGCCCCCCUGCCUCCACUUCUAUGCCUCCACUUCCUAGCUCUUCUUAGCUGGAUGAGCUGAGUGUCAUUCAAAGGUCACCAAAGGCUUUAGUUAACUACCAAAAACCCAAUCACCUUCUUGCCCAAAUUGACUUCUUGCACUUGUUUUCUUCUCUUUCCUUUUCUUUUUUUCUUUUUCCCUUUUCUUUUUUUCGGAGCUGGGAACUGAACCCAGGGCCUUGCGCUUGCUAGGCAAGCGCUCUACCACUGAGCUAAAUCCCCAACCCCUUCUUUUCUUUCCUUGAAGAUAAUGUGUGAAGCUCCCCGUCCCACCAACCUAGCACACACUCGUCCACUGGCAUACCUUUACUGCCCAUUAACCCAUAUUUUGGGCGUCCUCUUCUGUAGUUUGGGUUUGCCUUGUGUUCUGGAGUCCUUAUGCCCAGACAGAUGCCCCAUUGGUUCCCAUGUCUGUCUGCUUGAGCUGGCCCUUGGCGUCUGUAAUGGCAGUAAUCUCUUCUUACCCAGUGAGUGAACUGUGAAGCCCUGUGCUCUGCUGUGCUUUCUGUUGCCACAGUGAGCACCAGGUGUUAACAAAAGGCUCUGUCUGGUCCCCAAAGGAAGCCAGGGCAUGAAUUCAAAUGAGCCACAGAGGCGCCUCCUGCCUUGUUCUCCAUAGGCUGCUCAGCAUCUUUCCUUAGACUUCCCAAGACCACCUGCCCAAGGGUGACACUGUCCACAGUGAGCUCCCCUCCCCCAUCCGCCAUCAAGAGAAUGCCCCAGAAGUUCACAGGGCAGUCUGAUAGAGGCCAUUCCUCAGUUUAGAUGUCCUCCUUCCAGAAGUUCAGGUUUGUGUCAAGUUGAACUAUGUUUCACAUAUGAAGAAAUGGUUUUCCAGAAGUAUCAGUAGCCUGCCUCUGGAAUCCCAGAAAAACAAAGCCCUUUCCCUGCCUUCAACUGCCUCUGCCGGCUCCACACCAGCUGCAGGAUGCAGGCUCCAGUGCACAACUCACCAUCUCCCCAAUGCCCUGCAUCCUCAUUGUGUAACAUAGUCCUCCCUCGUAAGGUGACCAGAAAACCCCCUUCUCCAUAGUCAGUCUCAAAGCACCUCCAUUCUUUCCUCCUCACUUCAUCUGUCCCUCACAAUAAUGGCAGUGAUGAGGAUAAUAGCAGCUCUUGCUAAUUGAGCGCUUGUUAGGAGAGGCGGGCAUACAUUCUCAUGCAAACAACAGUGCUGCUGGGAGGUGUUAUCUGUACAGAAGAGGAAACUGAGAGCCAGGUCAGGUGACUAAGGUGACAGUCAAGAUUGUGCUUUUCCCUGCUUGGUCCCCUGGCUUAGGACUUGUUUAGUCCAUCCACUUCUUAGUUCUGCAUCUUGUUGGUUUGGUCUGCUCUAGUCCUGCCCAGGCUCUUUUUCCAGAACACAGGUGUGACCCUGUACUCUUCAUCUAAGAACCCCCCACUAGCUCAUGAUCAUGCCAAGUCCAUCUAGGUUAAGGCCUUUUGAGCUCUGUCCUGACCACUCCUCACCAACUCCUCCCAGCCUGCAGUCUGCUCUUCUCACUUUGCCAAGAUAGCACGCCCUCUCAUUCCAGCAGAUGCUGUCUCCUCAGCUGGCAGCUUUGCAUUAGCUGAGUCCACACUUGCAGGCUAGGGUUAGCUGUUGCUUCCUAGGCAGUAGUAGUCCUAGAGCUGCCCAGUACUGACUUUUUAUUCUAGCUUGUCAUGUGUGUGUACUGGUCUGUUUCUCUACAGUCCCCAGUACCCUAAGGCAGGUGUAUGUAUGAUGUCCCCUCCAUUCAGCAUAGAGUCCAGCUUAGGACAUCCUGGUGUGUACAUUAGAACCCAGUAUAUCUUGAAGGAAAAGCAGGAGCUGGAGAGAUGGCUCAGUGCUCACUACUCUUACAGAGGACUUGGAUUUCCGUUCCCAGCGUUAACAUGGUAGCUCACAGGUCUCUAUAACUCCAGUUCCAGAGGAGCUAAUACCCUCUUCUGGCAUCCAAGAGCAUGAGCCACACACAUGGUGCACAUGCUUGCAAAACAAACUCUUUAAAAGGAAGAGGAAACAUAGCUCUGGCUUAAACCCAUUUCUAGAAAUUUCAUCCUUUGCACAAGUUCCAUGUCAAGCUGCUAGGUGAAUCUGAGACUCAUUGAGGCAACUUUUGGUACCAAAAGUGGGUGAACCUAUUUCCUUGACUAGCCAGGAUCCCCCUGUGAGGAACCUUCACCUCCCAUGGAUUCCAGAGCUUCAAAAUUUAAAGACAGAUUAUGUAACUCAGUCAUGAAAGCCUAUAGCUUUGGGAGGGCAGGGCAGGGCUUGGGGAAAUGGUGAAAAGGAUUUUUCUGUGUAGCUCUGCUGUCUUAGAACUGACCAGGCUGUCCUUGAACUCAGAGAUUCACCUGCCUCUGCCUCCUGAGUGCUGGGAGUAAAGGUGUGCAUCACCACUGCCUGGCUCCUUUUCAUUAUUUUUAUGUGCAUUAGUGUUUUGCCUGCUUGUAUGUCAGAUCCCCUGGAACUGGAGCUACAGACUGUUGUAAGCUGCCGUGUGGGUGCUGGGAAUUGAACCAGUGCUCUCAACCACUGAGCCGUCUCUCCAACCCCCCUUUUCAUUACUUUUAUCUUGAGAAGGUCUCACUAAGUUCCCUAGGCUGGUCUCAAACUUGUGAUCUUCCUGCAUCAGCCAUGCCUGGUAUCACCUGCCUUUCUUCUGAUGCCCUUGGCUUCCUAGGAGAAACAACUGCUGGAAGCAGGAAUGGCCUCUAGAUCCAGGCAACUGUUGAAGUGAUGGCUGCUGGCCGGCUGGCAGCCAUUCUGUUCUGGUUCUGGUUUUCAGGUUUCCACAUAGAAGAGAACCAGGGGAAAGCCAAACCUGAAGGGGAAGACUUUAUCUGAACCCCCAUGCUCAGGGCUCCUGCCUUUCAAAGGAGCCCUGUUCUCUAGGUCUGGGUAGGCCUGGGUUUGGGUGCUCAAUAACUUUGGACACUGUGCCUAGGAAUCCUACGCUAAUGUGAAACAGUGGCUGCAGGAAAUAGAUCGCUACGCCAGUGAGAAUGUCAAUAAA